GUAUCGAGCUUGCACGGAGCAGCAGCGGUGGGGCAGCGUUUGUUGCUCCUGCGCGUUUGCGCGCAAUGCCACAGUCCCUCGGCUGUCUUCGAAGCCGCCGGCGGUGUUGAACCUUUCCCGAUUACCUCGCGCGUUUUCUACGCAGCUUCCUCUUCGCACGACUAAUUAAAGAACGUCGCGUCGCCCCAUCCCAUCCCGUUCCUCUCCUUCUACCCCUUUGCCAGGGUAUAUCCACCCCGAACAACGCUAUCGGAGCAGCGAAUCAAGCAAGUGCCAGAAGACGCUAAACCAUAAUAAUAGUGCGUGAAUAAUAGAAAUAAUAAAAAUAAUAAAAAUAAUAAAAAUAAUAAAAAUAAUAAAAAUAAUAAUAAAUAUGCACGAGAAAGUGGCGCUGUUGCGCGCGCGCGCCCGCGAUCAAAACUGAUUCUGGGUCAAUGUAUAUAGAUCAGAGUGCGCGAUGGAGGGGUCAACUCACGGCUUUGAUUCCCUAUAAAAACCGAGUAAAAUAGUAAAAAUAAUUCAUCGAGUCGUCAUGAAACGAAAUGAAGCGAAAAAAGGGGUAGGGCAAAAUGAAAAGAGUUGAUGAAUGCGAUUAAACGAUUCGUCCAUUACAAGGUACUCGGAAGAAGAGCGAUGUCUACUUUUGGCUUCGUCAAAGUCCUCGUUACCAUUAUAGUUUGUUUUGUUGCAUCCGCCAGCAGUCUGCGAAACUUUCGCACGGAUUUUUUGGAGGAAUGGCCCACACCUGGCACAGGGCCGCAUUUCGAUACGGCGAUGGCAUCGAACUUUACCGGAUUAGUCGGCAAGACUGUGCAUCUCGUGUGCAAAGUCAAAAACCUGGGAAACCGAACAGUGUCGUGGGUGAGGCAUCGAGAUAUUCACCUGCUGACAGUUGGACGAUAUACGUAUACGAGUGACCAACGCUUCGAAGCUCUCCAUUCGCCGCAUACCGAGGAAUGGACACUCAAGAUUCGAUACCCACAGCGCAAAGAUUCUGGCAUAUACGAAUGCCAGAUUUCCACCACACCGCCCAUCGGCCACCCAGUUUAUCUCACCAUAGUUGAACCAGAAACCAUCAUUGUCGGUGCGCCGGAUUUAUUCGUCAACAAGGGUAGCACCAUCAAUCUCACAUGCCUCGUGAGAUACGCUCCCGAGCCGCCGCCAAAAAUGACCUGGAGUCUGAAUACAGAGGAAAUCAAUUUCGACUCACCGCGGGGAGGCAUCAGCCUCGUGACGGAGAAGGGCCCGGAAACCACGAGUCGACUGAUGAUUCAGCGCGCGGUGCCCAGCGAUUCUGGUAUCUAUACCUGCCAGCCGAGUAAUGCCAAUCCAAACAGCAUAAAAGUACACGUGGUCAAGGAAGAGCAUCCGGCAGCCAUGCAUCACGGAGACGGCAGCAGUACGUCCACGGGCCCUACGCAAACUCUACGGUUAUAUUCGUCGUUGCUAGUAUCAAUAAUAGCCAAUGUCAUGUUUUCUAUCAUUGAAUGAGUCCGAUGCGCUCGAGGGUAUAAAAGAAAAUAUAAUCAUAAUCGACCACAGAUAUCAGUACUAAUCGUCGGUAUAAUAAAAGUAACGUAGUAUUUUGCUAAUAAUUAAAAUAACAUAAGCUAUGAACGAGCUGUGUAUAAGGAGGUUUUCAGAAUCGAACAAUUUUGUAAAUAAAUUUGCUGUAUGUACAUAUCAAUAAAAAUAUUAUUGUCUUUGGAUCGCA